AUGGGCCCAAUGGGAGCACGCCUUACUACCACGCGCCCGGUGUGACCGCCCAAUCAGAGCGCGCGUUCCUGGACCGUCGCCGAGGCAACGAGGAACGCCCGAGUUGCCUGGCAACCGGGGCAAGCCGGAGGCUUGGGGCGCUCACUUAGGCCUCGAUCUGAGGAGCGCUCAAAACUCGUAGUCGUCGUCGUCAAGAACGCUGCUGCUGCUGUUGUUGUUGUUGCUCUUGCAGCGUCCUGUGAUCGCCUGAGAGAAGUUGGGGGCAACGAAAAGAGCGGGCCGGCGGCGUUGACGCGCGGUGCAGGCGGAGGUACGAGAGGCGAGAGAGCCAUACGAGGGCCAUACGAGGGAUGGAGAGACAAGGGUUUGUGGUGCUGCCCGGAAAUAAGGAACCCGUUUCAGCGAAACUCAAAGCUCGCAGCAGCGCGCAGGCUCUGCGCGGAGAGACCCUGCGGCUCGCCGUGGACAACACCGAGCUGGAGGAGCAGCUGGAGAAACUGCGGCGCGAGGGGCAGCGGCUGCGGGAAGAGAAGCGGCAGGCGGGAGGGUUUCACUGGAAGACUGGGAAAACAGGAGCCCUGACUCUGCCUUCCAAUGCCGUGCCAAGGCAGGGCAGCAAGGUGGGCUCUGGCAAAGUGAGAAUCAGGGUUCUGAAGGAGCAAGUCGAAGAAGUCAAGAAGGCCAUCCCAGUGUCUUCCCCUCAAACCAAGUGGGUGACAGAAGCGAAAAGAGCAAAGAAAUGUGGCCAGUGUGAAAACAAACCCGCCCUGCUGGUGUGUGUGGAGUGCGGCGAGGAUUUCUGCGUGCCCUGCUUCAGCAGGAUGCACCACAAGGGUGCGCUGCGGUCACACCGAUCGCAUCCCAUCCAGCAGUCGGAAACGGUGACUCUUACGUUGACGCCGGACGUUGUCCAACGCUUCAAGCGAGACAUGGGCUCGGCAGCCGAUGGACGGGACGUUAGGGAACGUGGCUUCCCCAAGUUCUCCAACACGACGCCGCCGUUAUCUAACACAAGAGCACAAGAUACCGGUGUUGGCUUCACUUCACCCUCGCCGCCAUCAACAGAAGUGUCGGAAAGGAGGAAACUAGACGGUCGAGCGCCAGGAUUCGGCCAACGUGGGUUAGAAGAGGGAGCCAAGAGCGGGCAAACCAUAGGCCCCAUAGAAGCGGAAGCCACACAAGGAGGAAGAAGAGGAGGACAAAUUGCUGGAGUAAGGAAGCCAGGAGGGAAAGAAACGCGAGGCGCCUCCGGGCCAGGUGAAGUGUCGUCACGGCGGGGAGAUGGAGGGACGGGAGGCGGCAGGGGCACUCUUCUGGAGGGGGACUUCAGCGAGGAGGAGUCGUCGCGCGCAUUCCAGGAGGCCGUGGCGGCGUGGCGUGGUGCCGCAGGCCCCUGCUCGCCAGGCCCCGAGCGGACAACACGAGGCUCCGUGUCAGUGUCGGUGGAGGCUCGAGAGGAAAUCCCCAUCCCAGGCAAGGCCCUGCUGAGCCUGAAUUUCCCGGAGAACUCUGCCCUCUCGUACAUGGACCGUCUGCUCCUCAAGAAGCACAGACGGACGCCGAUCGAGGGACUAGGAGGGGAAGCAGCGGAGUGGAGGAUGCAAGAGAGACGCUCUGUCCAGUUUGACCACGGAGAUGAAAACGCGUCAGGAAAUCUUGAAGAACGCAAAUAUUACGUGGAGAUUUUUGCCGCGCCGCAGGCCUCCAUUCGGGAACCCAGGCCCGAGUCAUCUCUCACCAUUGUAGAGAUGGCAGAGGGAGAGAACUUUCUGGAGGAGACAGAGGGGUUUGUUCUUGAGGAGGAUGGCUCACCCGUGAACAUCAGCUACAGCGAUGAAGUAGAACCCAGAUAUCUUGCCCAGCACUCUCCGCUGCUGGAUGGUGGCCGCGAGGUAUCUGCAAGAACUCCUCGGCAACAGGCACCAAAACCAGUAACACCAUCUCCGCGUGGUGACCUCGAUACAUCAGAGAGGGGCCUCACCACUGAGCCAUCAGAGGAUUUGAAGAAUGUUGGGAGCCGCAUCAAAUUGGAGCUGCCAGACUAUCAGGGCCUGCAGGGGUUUUUCUCCAUCGGUCUCAGCGCCGGUGGAGAGCACAGUGGCUCAAGGCAUGGACAGAACGGGACAGAUCUUAACGGCAGCCGUCCGACCUGUGGUACCAUCUCGGCGCGUACGAAUGCAGACGCCGCCCGAACGGCGAGUGCCAGUGGAGCGGCGUUAAGUCUGCUGUCAGGCCGGCACGGAGACUCGCGAUGGCGCGCGGACAACAGCCUGGGCCUCUGUGCCGACGCCGAGCUAACGAAGGCCGUGCUGGAGGAGAGCAGAUCGCACAGGCAGAUGGGCGGCAGCGCGUACAGGCCACGCUCGCCGGCCACUCGGCUCGCUGCACACAGAGACGCGGCGCGAUCUGCCGCCUCUGCCACCGCCCGCCCGUCAUCAUCCCCCUCGUCGUCACGGUCCACGUCCUCUCCGCUCACGCCGCUGUCCCUUCGGCCGACGAGGUCAGGAGGUCCGGGCAGAGGAGUGCGGAUGAGCGGCGCCUUGGACGUGGAGUCGAACCGGGACUCGGAUGAGGACGAGGAGCGCAUCGUGGGCAGCCUGGAGAGAGAGCUGGCCCUGGCAGCUGUUCAGAAUCUCCAACAGGGCAGCCCUGGCGAGUCCGGCUGAAUCCACAAACACCCGCAGGUGGCGACAAGCGCGCAGUGUCAGGCCGUGCAGCAGCAGCAGCACGGUGGCAGCGUGGUCAAAGUAUGGGGGGGUUGGGAUGGUAUUCGGUACACGUCCGGCCAGCUGGGACCUCAAUGUUUUCAAUGUCAUUGGUUUAAUACGCUGUACUCUGCACUGGGUUUUCGACAUUCAUUAAACUAAUGCCGGGUGAACUGCCAGGUAUGUAUUAACAAAGACCAGUUUGCUUGUUUUAAACACAAUGAUUUUUUGUACAAAAAUAUUUAAAUUCCGGAAGGCCUGAUCGGAUGUGUAAGACGACUGCGUAAGUUUCCGCGUUUGUGCUGUGCAGCAGCUCUCUGACGUGUUUUCGGAUCGUACCGCGUGUUGUUCGAGACGAUGUUUGACGUUUCGCUUCACGUGCUCGGAGCUUCUUCAGUUUUUGAAGGUGCUUAAGAAGAAUUUUAAGCAGCUGCCAGCACCUGGUGCGAUACGUUGUGCCCAACACUACAUGGUACAGUCCACACACACACACAUCAUCAGAGAGCUCUUCUGGGAUGUGGUUUGCCGUGAUACCUGCAUGCCGAAGAGUGAGGCUUUCGGCCGUGGAUAUAUAUCAUUAAUUGUGGGGUUGAACAUUACGUGCCUUGCUUUGUAGUGACUCUUGGAGAAAUACAUCCGUUGAAGUGGCA